AUGAGCAAUGGGAACAGUGGAGUCUGCGGGAGACGUCCAUUGGCACCCAGCCAUGGUGGUUCGGUAAGGAUUAUCGGAGGCACAGAUGCUCUGCCAGGAACAUGGCCAUGGCUUGUUAGCAUCCAGGUCCCGACACAUGAAGGGUACAGGCACACCUGCGGAGGCUCCCUUAUCAGUUCGCGCUGGGUUGUCACUGCAGCCCACUGCUUCUUAAAUAAAAGGUUUCUGGAUCACUGGAAGCUGGUGUUGGGGGCUGCCCAACUUUCUCAACCUAGCCCUGAUGUCCAGGAGCGCACCAUCAAGGACCUGGUGGUACAUCCACAGUAUGUACAACGGAUAAAUCUCAACGAUAUUGCCUUGAUGGAGCUGAGUGAGCCAGUCAACUGCACCGACUACAUCCAGCCCGCCUGCUUGCCUGAUGUGAAUUUAGCCGUUUCCUCGUUGACUCAUUGUUUCGUCAGUGGCUGGGGAGUGACAGAUGUGUCAAAGCCAGGCGUGACAUCUGACAUCCUGCAAGAGGCCAAAGUCAACCUCAUCCCAUCCGACACCUGCAACAGCAGCUCCUGGUACUACAAGCGUAUCCAUUACAACAAUCUCUGCGCGGGACAUGAGCAAGGAGGCAUUGACAGCUGCCAGGGUGACAGCGGCGGCCCCCUCAUGUGCAGAGAAUCGAGGUCUGAACGCUUCUGGGUUGUUGGGGUCACUAGCUGGGGGACUGGCUGUGCCAGAGCUCAGAAGCCGGGCAUCUAUACCUCCACGCAACACUUCCUUGACUGGAUGAAAUGGUCAACCAAAGAGAACUUUUCCAAGACCAAAGAAAACUAUAAGAUUGUACUUGGCUCCAACCGGGUCACGCAGCUGGGCCCUGAUUCUCAGCAACGCUUCAUCGAGAGGCUGGUGAACAAUGAAAACGACAACAAUCAACUGAGCAAAGGAGAAACGGUGUUCAGUGACAUUUCUCUGUUGGACAAGCCGGUCAACUGCAGCAACUACAUCCAGCCAGCCUGUUUGCCUGAUGAAACAGAGACAGUUUUGACGCUCACCCAUUGCUACGUCAGUGGCUGA